AUGAUGGUCAACAAAAAGCAAUUGACUAUCAGGUUUCAUGUUGAUGAUGUGCUAGCAAGCCACAUGGAACAAAGAGUUCUUGAGGAUUUCUUUACAUGGAUAAAUGCGAGAUACGGAGGACUAAAGGAAGUGACUUGCACACGGGAACGAGUUCACACCUACCUGGGAAUGACAUUGGAUUAUUCAAAGAAAGGCAAGUUGAAGAUUCAGAUGGACGAUUAUGUUGAAAGAAUGCUCAACGAAGGAGGAGUGAUGACCAUGGGUGGUGGAGCUAUGCAAACUAUGUCCAAGAAACAAAGGCUAAACAGCCGCAGCAGUACACAUGUGGAACUAAUCGGGAUAGAUGAUGCAAUCACACAAGUGUUGUGGACAUGCAUGUUCAUGGAAGAACAAGGUUAUCCGAUUGAGAAGAAUAUCUUGUAUCAAGACAAUAUGAGCUCUAUUCUCCUCAAAAAGAACGGGAGAUCAAGUGCUGGCAAGAGAAGCCGUGUGUUGAACAUUUGUUAUUUCUUUGUCACUGAUCAGGUUGAGAAAGGAAAUUUUACGAUCAAACGCAUGCCAACUGAUGACAUGUGGGGGGAUUAUAUGACAAAACCUUUGCAAGGAAAAAAGUUCUGCAAGUUUUGGGCAUUGAUCCAAGGGGAUCAGGAAGAUUAG